AUGUGUGAAUAUGUGUUGAAAAUAGCCUACAGCACAAAGUAUGGUCUUCACCUUAUUCAGCACAGCAAGAGCAAAAAAAAAAUUACUAUUGAUACAUUGAACAACAACAAUCAAUCCAUAGAGCAAGUGGCUAUCAAAAAACAAGCUGAAAAAUACUUGACUGGUCCAUGGCUGACUCGCUUUGUUCCUUCAGUCCACACUGCUGUGGUUAUUUUGAGCCUUCCUUUAAACAUUACGGCAAUCCUUAUGUUUGUGGUCAAAUUAAGGCUUAAGAAACCAACUGUGGUGUACAUGCUCAACCUGGCUUCUGCAGAUGUCCUCUUCGUGAGUAUGCUUCCUUUUAAAAUUGUCUACAACUUUUCUGGAAACAACUGGAUCUUUGGGCCUGUGAUGUGUCAUUUUGUCACUGCCGCCUUCUACUGCAACAUGUACUGCUCCGUCCUGCUGAUGAUGGUGAUAAGCGUGGACCGUUUCCUGGCCGUGGUGUACCCAAUGCAGUCCCUGUCCUGGCGCACAGCAAGACGGGCCUCGCUGGUCUGCUUUCUCAUCUGGCUUCUGGCAAUAGCUGGGGUGAUACCUCUGAUUGUCAAUAAGCAAACACAGAGAUUAUCCCGGUUAAAUAUUACGACCUGUCACGAUACAUUAGAUAUCUCUGUUAUUAUGGAUAUAUUUCGGUAUAACUUUUCUGUAUUAUCCAUUUUGUUCUUUUUUAUACCGUUAUUAAUCUCUGUCACCUGUUAUGUGUGUAUUAUAAGGAAACUUUCUUCAUCCAGUGUUGCUACAAAGACUGCUAAAAAGAGACGUGCCAUUCUCCUGUCUCUAGCAGUCUUGUCUUCUUUUAUUAUUUGUUUUGGCCCUACAAAUGUCCUAUUAUUAGUGCACAACUUGCGCAUCUCACCUGAUCAACCCCUUGAUAGCCUGUAUUUUGCCUAUAGCUUAGCGGUCUGCAUUGGUACCAUAAACUGCUGCAUUGAUCCCUUAAUUUAUUAUUAUGGCUCUUCAGAGUGUCAAAAGCAGGUGUGGGAUCUCCUGUGCUAUAAAAAACUGUCUGAUCUUGAACAAAGCAGUCAGACAACAAGCAGUAAUGCCACCAAUCUUUUUUUUUGUGGCCUGAAAAAUUUGUCUCAAGCAUAGAAUUUUAGAGUGUGUGAUA